CACAACUGAAUGUCAAGCCUAUGCCAUAUAAGCUCCUCCUGGGCCCUGAGUUCAAUGUUGUCUGUCAGUCUCUCACUCUCAGUCCUGAGUCGCAGAAACACAGGCACACACUCGGUCCAGUUCAAAUCGCAGCCUCCUGAUCUAGCCUUGCGUUUUCGUCAUUGUUGUCGAUAGUGGCCUUCGUGAGAUAUUGUACUAUAAGCGCUGGGUGUUUGGGUUUCGAAUGAGAUUGAACGCAUGUCUGCGUAGAGUGGAGCGGACAGCCUUGCACAGUUGGCUUGGCGAGUUGUGGAGAUUGUGAGGAGAUUGAAUCGCGCAGCAAUGGCAGGUGCCAUGGCUGGCUGCGGUGCAGUGGCGAGGUCGUGGAUUCGCGGCAACCUGAUUGGUGCGGGAGCAUUUGGGAAGGUGAACCUGGCGGUGAACCGGGAGGACGGGGAGGUGUUCGCCGUGAAGUCUGUGCGCGUGGAGGAGGGCAGCGGGGACGCAGGGGCGCAGGUGUCGCUGCAGGCGCUGGAGAACGAGAUUGAGAUUCUGCAGAGCCUGGAGUCGAAAUUCGUGGUGCGGUGUUUGGGGAGCGAUUGGACGGAGGAGGGCGGGAAGUUGAUGCGCAACGCGUACCUGGAGUACAUGCCGGAGGGGUGCCUGACGGACUUUGUUCGGCAGUUUGCGGGCGCGGGGAGCGAGCCGCUGGACGAGCAUCUGAUUCGGACGUACACGCGGAGUAUUGUGGAGGGGGUGGAUUACUUGCACAGGCAGGGGAUCGUGCACUGCGACAUCAAGGGGAAGAACAUUCUGGUGGGGAACGGGAGCGUGAAGCUGACGGAUUUUGGGUCGGCGAAGCGGGUGGGCGCGGAGGGGAGGGUGUGCGGGAACGGGAGCGGGGGGUCGCUGGGGCGACUGAACGGGACGCCGCUGUGGAUGGCACCGGAGGUGGUGCGACAGGACGAGCAGGGAUUGGCGUCGGACAUCUGGUCGCUGGGGUGCACGGUGUUGGAGAUGGCGACGGGGAAAGCGCCGUGGAGUCAUCUGGCGAACCCGUUCGUGGCGAUGUUUCAGAUUGGGUACAAGGAUGAGAUUCCGGCGGUGCCGGCGAGCCUGAGCUCGGAGGCGAAGGACUUUUUGAGGCGAUGCUUCGAGAGGGAUCCGCGGAAGCGAUGGACGAGCGGGGAGCUUUUGGAGCAUCCGUUUUUGACGACGCGGCAUGUGGCGAAGAAGGUGGAGGUGGAGGUUGGGGAGGCGGAGCGGAGGGAGUGUGAUGGGAGGUUGGUGGAGGAGAUGAAGGAGACUGUGCCAAUUCUGCGGAUGCCGUCGUUUUUGAAGCGGGGGCUGGUGACGGAGGGGAAGGUGGAGGAGUCGGUAGGGAGUCGGGGGUAUUCGAGCUCGCCAUUUGCGAUGCCGAUGGAGGGGGAGUGGAUCGUGGUGCGAUCGCCGUCGGAGUCACCGCGGUCAGGCAGUCCUUCGCGCGGUCAACGUUCGGUGUCUACUGCUUCCUCAAACCAGGAAGAGGAAAUCGUGGCUGGGUGUGGAAUGUCAAUAGAUUUAGGGGAAGAGUUGUGUUUAAAGAAUAAAGCGAGUUCGACCAUCAUCAGAUUUGACACUUUGGAGGAAUGUCAAUACGGCUGCAGCAUCGUGUAUGAUUUGACGGAAGAAGGUUGUCCGGUGGAGACGAAUGUAAGCUGCAGCUUGAUAAGCACUUGUACAGAUGAUAACGACGGAAAAUGGAUUGAGAGCGAGGAAGCACUUCUUUAUUGUGAAUAUGGCGGCUUCCGUGCUAAAAAAGUAGAUGGUAGUACCUUAUCGGGAUUAAAAUUCGCCUUCGACGUGGAAAUGGUGGACAAGGUGCCGAAUCCAACACCUGAAGCUGGCCAUGAUCUGGUUCAGCAGUCAUUGGUGGCGACGACUGACAUUUCGAACUUGAAAUGUUUUUCGAAGCUUGAGUGUUUAGCCCUCGCGGGACGACGAAAGCAUUCGUAUGGUUUGGAAGUCUCGGAGAUGGAGGAGUCUAUUUUUCCCAGUUUGGGAGUAAUAGUGCAGAUGGCACUGUUUUUCUGGCCUGCUUCAUUCGGAGCCGAUGGUCAAGUGUGUGGGGAGAAUCGGGGCUGGAUCAAUGUAGAUACGAGUCAUGUGAAUACGGAAGAGCAGGUUCUUCGGAACUACUGUACAGUGUUAAUACGAUGUAAUGUAAAUGGUUUUCUGAAGAUGUGGAACAUACCCUCUCAUCCUCUCCCUUUUUGGUUGCGUUGUGUGUUAGAAAUUUGUGAUAUGCUUUUUUGUACUCUUGUCCUAAUCGUUACGUUGAAUGGUGCCUUCAUCGGCUUUAGACACGGUUACAAUUUCGUGAUACAUUGUGUUUGUGUCGGUUAAGGAUUGUGCUGCACC